AUGAGUAUUUCAAAUAGAGUGCCUGAAAUACAACCAAUUUUUGAAAGAAAUCAAGAGGCCACAUUAUAUUGCGGGAAUUUGGAAAACAAAGUCGACGAAGAAAUGUUAGCAGAACUAUUUUCACAGUGUGGGCCUGUAAAAUCAGUCCACAUACCUAGAGAUAAAGUAACAGGACACCAUUCAGGGUUUGGUUUUAUUGAGUUUGAAUUUGUCUCUGAUGUUGAGUACGCACAAAAGGUGAUGAACUCAAUAAAAUUAUUUAGUAAGCAAAUUAGAUGUUGCAAAGCUUCUAACGACAGAAAACCUUUGGACAUUGGGGCAAAUCUUUAUGUUGGAAACUUAUCUCCUGAAAUAGACGAAAAAUUUCUCUUUUAUCUUUUUUCCAAUUUCGGCAAAAUCUUGUCAUUAAAGAUCGUUGGAAAUGAUCAAAACGUUCAAAAUCCUAAAAAUAGCGCUUUCAUCAAUUUUUCCUCAUUCCAAGAAUCUGAUUCUGCUAUUCAAGCACUAAAUGGGCAGUUCUUCUGUAACCAACAAAUCUCGGUAUCAUAUGCCUUUAAACAAAACUCUAAGAACGAAAAACAUGGAAACUAUGCCGAAAGGCUAUUGGAAUCCAAAUCUAAGACUAAACCCAUGCAAGAAUAA